UGAGAGUAUUGGAUCCUGCUGGCAUGCUGUGUCGAGGGCUUGGAAUAAACGUUAUUCCAAGAAGAGUGUACUCUGUACCAGCACCAAAUUCUUUAUGGCACAUUGAUGGAAAUCAUAAGUUGAUUCGUUGGAGAAUUGUGAUCCAUGGAGGAAUUGAUGGGUACAGCAGAAAGAUCAUGUACCUCUGUGCCAAUAAUAAUAAUAGAGCCUCCACUGUAUUGAGCGCCUUUCUUGCCGCAGUACAGCAAUUUGGGAUUCCAACAAGGGUUCGCAAUGACAAAGGAGGGGAGAAUGUUCACGUCGCUCGUUUCAUGCUUGAACAUCCACAGCGAGGACCAGAUAGAACAAGUUUCAUAACCGGAUGGAGUGUUCACAAUCAGAUAAUCGAACGACUGUGGAGAGAUGUCUGGUGCUCAGUGACUGUAAACUAUUAUACAGCCUUUCAACAUCUUUACAACUCUGGUGUGUUAAAUGUAGACGACGAGCUAGACCUCAUUUGUCUACAUUAUGUGAUGCUUCCCAAAAUUAACGAACAUUUACAGCUGUUUAAGAAAGCUUGGGAUCGUCAUCGCCUUUCUACAGAGCACGGAAAGUCCCCCCAGCAGUUAUGGAUUGAAGGACAGAUUAUGGGGGCGCAUCCUAUCACUGAACCUGUUUGUGAACAGGGAACUCUGGAGGAUUAUGGCAUUGACUGGGAAGGACCAACACCUGUUGAUCAUGAAGCUGCAGUUGAUGUUCCAGAAAAUCCCAUGCCUCUACAAAACCGAGUAUUUGAACAUCUCCGUGAGAGAAUAGAUCCUCUUCGCCCUAGUACAUGCUUUGGGAUGGAUAUACUAGUGGAAGCCUUGGAAAGUGCUCGACGAAUAUUCCAUGAUGUGAGGGACCGGGUCGGUCAAGCAUGAGGACACAGAAAGAAUUUUCAAGGAAAAUGGGUUUUAUUUUCCCAAAAUAACAAAAUUCAAACAAUGAUUACAGGGUCCUUAAAAGAGGUCCAAUGAAAAAGGAGGGGGCAUCAGCUGAGUUGCUACUGCUAGUGACUUCAUGUUCUUUUGAAAAUCCAGUUCAUCCUGUCUUUUAAAGCAUAACUACUUUUCUGUAUCCAAAGGCGAACACCUGUGAGGUCACUCUGCGCCUCCCCAUCCACCAGACCUAUGACAGCUUUGUGCUCUACAUGGAGUCUGGCCUGAUACAGGCUCCAACGUUUGGAUUCCUUUAGAAUCAAGCUUGAUUUUUUUGUUUUGUUGUUGUUCUAGUGUGUGAGGUCAAAGGUUAGUUUCAUUGACAUCAGUUUAAGUUUGUCUGCGAUAUAAAAUAAAAUAAUGCAUUUUCAGUUAAAAUGAAAAAAAGUUAUUUUCAUGAUUGUCAGUUAUGGUUGCAAAAUGUUUGUAAUUUGUGAGAUGAGCAGUUUUGGUUGUGGAUUUAUUUCAUUAUUUUAAGGAACAUAUUCUUGCAAAUAAAACCUAU